UGAUGCAUGAUGGGCUCUGCGCUUGCCAGGAUAGUCAGUGCGAUAUGGAACUCCCAUUGUCAUUGUCGGUCACAAACGUGCACUUCAACAUACGAUAUGCACUUCUAUUGGAAAGGGACAGGCGGAGUGCAUCGAAACAGUGUUAGUCAAUAGACCUUGAAAGAUCGAUAAACCCGGGCGCCUACAGGACCAACAGCAUGUCCUCCACGCGCUUUUCGAAGUUCAUGCGCACGUUACUGUAAGUUGUGUUCAUCUUUGGAUCAGAUAGGCGCCCUUCACUGUACCCAUCCUUCCCCGACCAUCAUACACCCGCUGUACUGACCAUGGCGUGCAAGCCUCCCGAAGUAGCUGCCCUCCUCGAUACCUCCAUCGGAAGCAACUAUGCGCUCUACGCCGUCCGGAUGCACCGCCGUGUCGUCGUCUUCCACGCCCGCGGCCUCCCCGCGUACGCCCAAUACCAUUCCACCAAAGAUCCAUUCAGAUGCAUCAGCGACGACACGACAGAGAAGGACCAUAAGGACGCACAGCGACAGUGGGUCGCCGAUCUCAAAGUCAUUCAAGAGAACCUGGAAUCCAUCUGUUGGGAGAUCUCCCCUUGGGUGUACCUGGACAGGGAACGUCGGGAAGUCAUCCCAAGGGUGAUUUCGAGGAAUCAUCGCAUCAGGACGCCGUGUUGGACCGAACUGGUCGACGAGAGCGAGAUCUUCUUGACCAAAUUCAUCAACGCCUACCAUCGCCAGGGCAUUUGUCGGGGAAUACCAAUAGAGGUCUUCCGUGGUUGGAACGACGACACUCUGCGCGACGUGGAACGAGGCAUGGAUGCCUAUCAGGCGCUUAAGCGCGCAGACCUGCUGGAAUACGCGCAUGAGAUCUACGGCCACAUGACCAGCGAGGACAGGGUCGUGGGAUAUGUGACUGAACCGAUGACCGGACGUAUAGUUCAACCCCGCGACAAGAAGCUCGUCUACAGCGCCGUCGCCCGCUUACACCGCGCAGGCCUCUGCUACGCGGGCUUUCAUGAGAGCAACACCUUGCCGAGCUUCAGCAGGAGCGGCCUUCAGACGCGCCUGAAGCGCGACGUAGCCCAGUCGGGGUUUUGUGUCAGCAACCUGUUGAUAUACGGGGUGCAAGGCGGGUCUUCAAAGGACGAGGGAGGCAGGGCCGAGUUUAUGGACGACGAGGGAGGCCGGUCCGAGUACAUGAACGACGAGGAUGGGGCCGAGUUCACCGACGCCCGGGUCAAAUUCAUCGACCUCGCCGGGAUCGAGCCCGCGAGCGAGGAGGGGAACAGGCUUGACUGGGAGAGCGUUGAGAGGCUGUUUGCGGAGAGCGAAGAGGAUAUGAGGAAUACUUGCCCCUCGCCAUGCGACGCCCAAGAGUCCUAUAUCGUCAUCCCUUCCUACCCAAAAUGCAUGGACCUUCGAGCUUUCUUGCCGCGAAGCCAUCCUAUUUCUCCUGUUACUUCACAGCUGCGGGAAAAGCGCAAGCAGUUCUCCAAAGCGCUCGACGAGAAUGAAAGUAGCGCAGGCAGUCAGUAGACAGAGAUUCGGGGACUCGGUGAAAGAUAUCGUAUCAUUCUCUCUGUUGUACUCUAGGCUUUCGUUGCAUGCAUCAUGUAUCCAGAUAUUUGCCCGAUAUCUGAAGCUUUG